GCCCCGGCCCGGCGCGCGCGGGGGGAGGAGCUGCGGCGGCAGCGGCCACUCGGGCAGGUCGGCGGCGCCGCGGAACCCGCCGACGGCGCGGGCUGCUGGUCCCCCGCGCGCGGGAGGCGCGGGCGGCCCUGGGGACCAUGGAGCCUGGUGACGCGGCGCGCCUCAGCUCGGGACCGGCGGCCCGGGCGCUGCCACCGCGGCUGCUGCUGCUGCCGUUGCUACCGCUGCUGCUGGGUCGGGGGCUGCGCGCCGCGGCCGCGGCCUCCUCUGGGGCGGCGGCCGAGGACAGCAGCGCCAUGGAGGAGCUCGCCACGGAGAAGGAGGCGGAGGAGAGCCACCGGCAAGACAGCGUGAGCCUCCUCACCUUCAUCCUGCUGCUCACGCUCACCAUCCUCACCAUCUGGCUUUUCAAGCACCGCCGGGUGCGCUUUCUGCACGAGACGGGGCUGGCCAUGAUCUACGGGCUCAUCGUUGGGGUGAUCCUGAGGUACGGCACCCCUGCCACCAGCGGUCAUGACAAGUCACUCAGCUGUACUCAGGAAGACAGGGCCUUCAGCACCUUAUUAGUGAAUGUCAGCGGGAAGUUCUUUGAAUACACCCUGAAAGGAGAAAUCAGCCCUGGCAAGAUCAACAGUGUAGAGCAGAAUGACAUGCUGAGGAAGGUAACGUUUGAUCCGGAGGUCUUUUUCAACAUCCUUCUGCCUCCAAUUAUUUUCCACGCUGGCUACAGUCUAAAGAAGAGACACUUUUUCAGAAAUCUUGGGUCUAUUCUGGCUUAUGCAUUCUUGGGGACUGCCGUUUCCUGCUUCAUUAUCGGAAACCUCAUGUACGGUGUGGUGAAGCUCAUGAAGAUUGUGGGGCAACUCUCGGAUAAAUUUUACUACACAGAUUGUCUCUUCUUUGGAGCGAUUAUCUCUGCCACUGACCCAGUGACUGUACUGGCAAUAUUUAACGAAUUGCACGCAGACGUGGAUCUUUACGCACUUCUGUUUGGGGAAAGCGUCCUAAAUGAUGCCGUUGCCAUUGUCCUGUCCUCGUCUAUUGUUGCCUACCAGCCAGCGGGGCUGAACACUCAUGCCUUUGAUGCUGCUGCCUUUUUUAAGUCAGUGGGCAUUUUUCUAGGUAUAUUUAGUGGCUCUUUCACCAUGGGAGCUGUGACGGGCGUUGUGACUGCUUUAGUGACCAAGUUUACCAAGCUGCACUGCUUCCCUCUACUGGAGACGGCACUCUUCUUCUUGAUGUCCUGGAGCACCUUCCUUUUGGCGGAAGCCUGUGGGUUCACAGGCGUUGUGGCUGUCCUGUUCUGCGGGAUCACACAGGCUCAUUACACCUACAACAAUCUGUCGGUGGAAUCAAGAAGUCGAACGAAGCAGCUCUUUGAGGUGUUACACUUCCUGGCAGAGAACUUCAUCUUCUCCUACAUGGGCUUGGCGCUGUUUACCUUCCAGAAGCACGUUUUCAGCCCCGUGUUCAUCAUUGGAGCUUUUGUCGCCAUCUUCCUGGGCAGAGCUGCACACAUCUACCCGCUCUCCUUCUUCCUCAACUUGGGCAGAAGGCAUAAGAUUGGCUGGAACUUUCAACACAUGAUGAUGUUUUCAGGCCUCAGGGGGGCCAUGGCAUUCGCGCUGGCCAUCCGAGACACCGCGUCCUAUGCUCGCCAGAUGAUGUUCACGACCACGCUCCUCAUUGUCUUCUUCACCGUCUGGAUCAUUGGUGGAGGCACGACGCCCAUGCUGUCAUGGCUUAACAUAAGAGUUGGCGUCGAGGAGCUGUCCGAAGAGGACCAGAACGAACACCGCUGGCGGUACAUCAGAGUUGGUGUCGAUCCAGAUCAGGACCCACCACCCAACAACGACAGCUUUCAAGUCUUACAAGGGGAUGGUCCAGAUUCUGCCAGAGGAAACCGGACGAAGCAGGAGAGUGCCUGGCUAUUCAGGCUGUGGUACAGCUUUGACCACAAUUACUUGAAGCCCAUCCUCACACACAGUGGCCCCCCGUUGACCACCACGCUCCCAGCCUGGUGUGGCCUGCUUGCUCGGUGUCUGACCAGUCCUCAGGUGUACGACAACCAAGAGCCGCUGAGAGAGGAAGACUCAGAUUUCAUCCUGACUGAGGGCGACCUCACCCUGACCUACGGGGACAGCACAGUGACUGCGAACGGCUCCUCAGGCUCCCACACGGCCUCCACGAGCCUCGAGGGCAGCCGGAGAACCAAGAGCAGCUCGGAGGAGGUGCUGGACCGAGCCCUGGGAACAGGAGACCAGCCGGUGUCAAGCCGGGGCACGCGCCUAGUGUUCCCCCUGGAGGAUAACGCGUGACUCGCCGCGUCCCCCCCCCCCCGCCCCAGCCUGCCGAGAUGGGGGUGCAGUGAGGACGGCUGCAAGCCCCAGGCUUGUCCGACUCGGGGCACUGACUGAGUGGAACUAAUCCUUCUGUUUUAUUGAGGUCUGAAGCUCUCUUAACAUUUAAAGUUUAACCCAAGAGGCAGAGGGUGGGGCUAAAGUGUCUCUCAAUCAAGACAAACGCAGACCUAUUCCCACUUUUUCACAUAGUAGUGUGCUGUUCAGAGUCAAACAAACAAA